UCAGUGUCUGAUGACGAAUUUCCCCACAAAUCAUUAUCACUCAAUUCUGCAAGUGGUUCUGAUUUACUAUCGCUGUUCUCUAGCUGGUCUAAAACCAAUUUUGACCUAAAGGGACGCUUUUUGGAUGCCGUGGAUUUUCUAAGUUUCCAGGCAGAAAGAAUAGUCAAAAUGCAGCAGGCAGGGGACAGGACAAAGCAGUAGGGACAAAAUGUAUGUGAAAUGCUUUGAUACAGGAAUGUUUUGCUAUGAAAUAAUCGUUUUAAAAAAAAAUGUCAUUUUUUUAAAAUUUUCAAAUUUGCCGCCGGUUCCGGCACCCGUACGUCCCGACGUCACAGGGACCAGAACACGGAAGCCAGAUGCCGGCAUCGGCCGGAGGAGGUGGCCGGGGACGCUGCAGGGGACG